AUGGAGCGCCCGGAACCCGAGCUGAUCCGGCAGAGCUGACGGGCGGUGAGCCGCAAGCCGCUGGAGCAUGGCACAGUCCUGUUCUCCAGGCUGUUUGACCUGGAGCCUGACCUGCUGCCCCUCUUCCAGUACAACUGCCGCCAGUUCUCCAGCCACGAGGACUGCCUCUCCCCCUCUGAGUUCCUGGACCACAUCAGGAAGGUGAUACUUGUGAUUGACGCUACUGUGACCAAUGUCGAGGACCUGUCCUCACUGGAGGAGUACCUUGCUGGCCAGGGCAGAAAGCAUCGUGCAGUGGGUGUCAAGCUCCGCUCCUUUUCGGCAGUGGGUGAGUCCCUGCUCUACAUGCUGGAGAAGUGCCUGGGCCCCGCCUUCACACCAGCCGUGCGGGCUGCCUGGAGCCAGCUCUAUGGGGCUGUGGUGCAGGCCGUGAGUCGAGGCUGGGAUGGCGAGUAA